AUGAAAUUUUAUAAUGUCUACAUAGACUGUGUAUCUGUGCUUACUAUAUAUGUGCUUGAUGUUUUAGUUGACACCUCUAGCAUAUUAUCUUCUUUCCAGGAACGACUUGAGCGUCUCCAUAACGAGUUCAAUGGGCAAGUUAAUAAUCUACAGAGUGAACUGACUGAUAUAAAAGAUAUUAAAGAAGACCUUACACGUUAUAUCAGGGAGCUAGAGCAAGCCAACGAUGAUUUAGAACGAGCUAAAAGAGCAACAGUAACUUCAUUAGAAGACUUUGAGUCUCGGCUAAAUUUAGCUAUAGAGCGCAAUGCCUUCUUGGAGUCAGAGCUGGAUGAAAAGGAGGAUCUGAAAGUGACUGUACAGCGACUGAAGGAUGAAGCAAGAGGUAAGGAUCUUGUUAGAGUUGUUCACUAGGUGAUGAUUGGAAAG